CCCCCUGACCUUGCCUCAUCUCCAUCCAACUCAUCCUAUAUAUAUAGGAUGAUGCCGUCCAUAUAUCCAUCAUCCACACACACACACAGCAUUGUCAUUUAGUCGUUCUUGCUUGCUGCUGCUGAAAAACUUUCAUGCUAGCAUCCCCUGCUCAGAAGAAACAGAGCUCUAGAGGUCUGUCUUUUCAUCUUGGUUUUGUUCUUGGUUCGUCGAGAAGAAGAUAGUUUUUUUGAGGUGCAAGCUAGGGAUUGAGCAGGUCGGCCAUGGAGGAUGUGGCCAAAUUCUUUUUUGGGAUUUCGGGGAAUGUCAUUGCUCUAUUUCUCUUCCUAUCCCCGGUGCCUACUUUCUGGAGGAUCAUUCGGAACAAAUCAACGGAGGAAUUCUCCGGGGUGCCAUACAACAUGACGCUCCUCAACUGCCUCCUCUCCGCCUGGUACGGGCUGCCCUUCGUGUCCCCGAACAACGUCCUGGUGUCGACGAUCAACGGCGUGGGCGCGGCGAUCGAGACGGUGUACGUGGUGAUCUUCCUCGUCUUCGCGUCCAGCAGGAAGGCGAGGCUCCGGACGCUCGGCCUGGCGUCGGCCGUCGCGGCGGUGUUCGCGGUCGUGGCGCUCGUCUCCAUGCUCGCCCUGCACGGCCGGGCACGCAAGCUCCUGGCCGGCCUCGCCAUGACUGUCUUCUCCAUCUGCAUGUACGCCUCGCCCCUCUCCAUCAUGAGGAUGGUGAUCAAGACGAAGAGCGUGGAGUACAUGCCGUUCCUGCUGUCGUUGGCGGUGUUCCUGUGCGGCACGUCGUGGUUCAUCUACGGCUUGCUCGGCCACGACCUCUUCGUCACGAUCCCCAACGGGUGUGGGAGCGUCCUGGGCGCCGCGCAGCUCAUCCUGUACGCCGUCUACCGGAACAACAAGGGCAACGCUGCUGCCGGCGCCGGAAAGAUGCAGGGCGACGACGUGGAGAUGUCCGUCGACGGCAGGAACAACAAGGUCGCCGACGGCGACGACAGCGGUGCCAGGGAGUCGAAGAAGGCCGGCAAGAUGGUCAGCCAGGUUUAGCUAGAUCGAUCAAACAAGCUGCCAUAUGACGUACUACUUUUUUUGUACUACCUGUUUACUGCAAGACUCGGGCGUGUUGACCUUUUAUAUUUGGCCACACUAGAGGACUUGCUUUUGUACCACCUUUUAUCUGUUUGUAACCCAAGAUGUAGUAUUGCAUAUACGGGUACUCAAGUCUGAAGCUGCCUUUUCUACUGGCAAAUUGAGUACAUAUAUACUAGAAAAGGAAUACGCGCCAUCCGAUCAAAUAAAGUCUACAUUAACUGCGAA